UAUGAUGUGGGGGUAUCUCGGGAUCUACAAUUGCAUUUUGCUGUGGGACCUUAUAAAACUAUGUUUGGAUGUUGGAUGCCACAGACAAAUUGUCUGUGGCAUUCAGCUACUUGUUUUCUGCAGCUGAUUUCUUUUUUUUAAAGCGUGAAAGAGAACAACUUUCGCAGCUAAAGGAGAAACUUGCUCAUGUCAGUCAACUUGUUAACGACAACAGCUCAAUUAUGAUGCGGUGGAAGCAGAGCUGAAAUCCAGCACUGUUGGUCUGGUGACACUCAAUGAUAUGAAGGCCAGGCAGGAGGCUCUUGUGAAAGAAAGAGAAAAGCAACUGGCCAAGAAAGAGCAAACAAAGGAGUUGAUGCUGAAGCUGGAGAAGAAGAGAAAGGAUGCCAGUUUCUUUUAAUCCUGAAGAGGAGGAGGAAGAGGACUCUGAGUGGUGUUAAUAAUAAAUCAGAUUUCCCUGCCAAGAAAAACUAGUUAGGGAAGAACCCAGAUGUGGACACCAGUUUCCUGCCAGAACGGAACAGAGAGAUCCGGUGAAAAUAUUGCCUUCUGGAUCAUUCUGGACCCAGAUUUUAUUUUCAUGUUUAACUAUUAAUGUAUUGUCAGAUGCAUUCUCCUUUCAGAUGAAUACAUUGCAUUAACUUUAAAACAUUAGGUUACUCUUCAUUGUUACUCCUCUACCUUUUUUAAUUUAAAUUCCCCAAAGUGUUGUUGCCUAAAUCAUGAAACCAUAGUGAUCUCUUCACCAAUAACAUAACAGUCCUGUUGAAGAAAUAUUCCCAUUUGAAUUCCUAUGAAAAUGUGAUCCUAUUUUUUUUAUACAAAUAAACCUACACUUGGAUGCUGUCCACUUUGUUGAUAUAAAUUAUAUUAUAUCAACUUGAUUUAUUUAUAUUAUUUAAAAAAAUAUAUAUUUUAAUUUGUCCUUGUUGUUUUUAAGUGUCAUGAAUGAGAAUAUGGUUUGGUUGGCUCUUGGAGACUAAACAGUUAAAGCGUGCAGGUGCCUGUGUUUUUCUUUGCCCUUUAGCUUCAAGAUACCACACCCUUGUUUCCUUCUCUCUCACGCACUCACCCCGAUGUGUCAACUUCAUAGCGUUCUCCAUGCUGUACAUACAAGGACCCGACAACACCUAUUGUUUUGCAGAAAACGGAUAUACAGUCCGAUUGGGAGAUGUUUGAGUCCAAGUGCUUUGCUUUUGGGCACUGCUAUGUGUGCUUUGGCAGCAUGCGGAGAUCCAAGCUCAUCUUGCUCCAGGUCCUGACUCUGAGUCAGUACCUCUGGGCCCAGGAGGACCUAACAGCCAUCUCGCCACAGGACUGCAGUCUGGAAUGUGUCCUGCAGGGGGGUGCAGGAUGUGUAUACUGCAGAAUCAGCAGAGAAGAUGUUGGAAGAACCCUAGGCGUUUCCUCUGUCGAGGCAUUUGGAAGUUGUGUUCCGUGGCCAUGUUUUGUCUUUCUGGGUGGACAGAGCUCUGAUGUGUGCCAGCAUUAUGUCCAUGCUCCACACGAUGUGACUGUAGAGUUCCUAGCUGAUGAGAACACUAAAUAUGACACUGUCGUUGUCUCCUGGCAUCCCAGCCAGUUUGGGAUCUCCUUCCUCAGAGGGUUCCAGGUCUCCCUUCAGGCCUUGGGAGGAUCUCAUAUGGCCUGUCAGCUUUUUCUCUUUCAAAUCAAUAUUUCUCUCUCUGCCUCACAUGCCCAAACGGUGUACCAGUCAGACGCCUUCGCCCGUCUAACCCUGGGGGCCCAGUAUGCUGUCACUGUGAUGGCCCUGCCAGUUCCUGAGUUGUGGGAUAAAUUCUAUCACAGCACAAUGUUCUCCACACGCACAUGCCCGGAGAAAAACGGACUUGAACAUUGCAAGAAAGAUUGGUACCCAAAACAUAUAGAAGUUCAGCAGGAAGAGCAUGACGUUAUUGUGACGUUCAACCUUGCUCCCGCACAUUUUGGAAUCAACCGCUACUUCUCAUUAUGUUAUGGAGAGGGGCGGCGCGGAGGAGGUGGCCUGAAGAGAUACGUUAUUAAACCUAAUUCCACAAAAAACAGGACUCACCACAGUUAUCAUCUCCAAGGCCUGAUGGUAGGGUGCAACUACACCUGUGAGAUCGCAGUUGACGAGGUAGACGCUGUAAGAAAAACAUUCAAUGUUCAAGUGAUGCAGAUGAAACAAGACCCACCUCCCAUUGCCACUCCAUCCCUGACCCUGCUGCUCCCUGUUGGCGUUGCCCUGGCAGCCAUGUUAGUGGUGUUAUUACUGGCUGUCGUCUGGAAGAAUCACAGGCAGAUUAGGAGGAAGACGGAGAUAAAUCCAGAAAUAAUCGAGCAACAUCAUGACAAGAAAGGGAACGAGGAACAUGUGUCACUGACCAGCAGGUUAACUCCGCCUCGAUUACUGAUUUGCUACAGCAGCGAUGACGGCCACGCCCAUGUCCGAGCUGUAAUGCAGCUAGCAGUCUUCCUGCAGCAGCACAUGGCAACACAGGUAUUUCUGGACCUGUGGGAUUCUCUAAGCUUGGCAGAGGAGGGGAUCAUGGGAUGGCACUGCAGGAGGAUCCAGGAGAGUGACUUUGUUCUGGUCAUCUGUUCCCGGGGACUACAGAGGCGGCCAACGGAGAGAGAUGCGGGGGAAAGCAGAAGCACCGCUGCAGCCGUAGUAUCCCUGGUGGGAGAAGAGCUUGGCCGUGCCAAAGCCAAGGGGAGAGACAUCUCCAAGUACAUGGCUGCUAUAUUUGAGUACUCUGAGGAGAAGGACAUCCCUGCCGAGCUAGGGUUUGUGUCACGCUACACCCUAACUAGAGACUUGCCUCUGCUCUUCUCCCACAUCCAUGGUGUGGCCCUACAUAAGCCCGGGAAGUAUCUGAGAAUAGAACACAUUACAGAGGAGGGUUACACCAAACUGCCAGCCGGUGCUGCUCUACAAUGGUCUAUAUAUGAAGCUGGCAUGGCAUUGACUAAUCAUCAGGAAUCAUGUGAUGAAUGGGGAGGUAAAUCUCAAGACAAUCAUGUGGAAUGUGUGUGAGCAUCCCAGUUGGGCCAUGCACUGCAAACUCCGGGGCAAUUGACAUAUGACGACUGUAUUACCAGUAUUAUUAAAGCACUUCUUUCCAAAGUGAUCCUCGAUGGGGAACUAUUCUGUGACUACUGAGCCGCGAUAAGCUUUUAAAAAUGACCUUGCUUAUACAAUACGUUAGGAGGAAUAUAUUAUUGGUGUGUUAUGUGUGCUGUGGUUAGGGUUGGCCAUGGGCUAUGGUGGAUCAUUUUAGAUUCCCUACAAAUAAUCUGGGAAUAACAUCAGACACAAUCUAUACAUUUUCAUUAGAUGUUUUGGUAAUUACCACACUAACAUAUCACAAGCAAACCCCUGAGGCUAUCCAUAUCUCUACACCGCUGACGUAGAUGGAAUAUUAUUUUUGAAAUGGGGAAAUAUAGGCUGAAGAAAUUCUGAUUGUGAACAUGUUUGAUGCCAUGCGAUUUUAAUUAACUAAAUAUAAAAUCCAGAUGUAUUUUCUUCUGGUACUGAUAAUAUUUAUUUACAUGAAUUAUAUUUAUGUAGAAUGCUAUAGUCUGAACAGCCGCUAGUGGUCGCAGUUUACCUGUCUAUUGACGGUCUCACAAUCUGCAGGCUAGGAUAUAAACUAAGAGAUAGUUUAUAUUCUAAUUUGACAGUCAUUUCAUUGUCCAGAAAAAAAGUAUGUGAAUCAAAUUAAUAUAGUUUUUAUUUUCAAUAGGUUACAUUUUAUGUUAUUUCAUAUGUUAUUUAAAUUAAGAAUGCUGCGGAAUGGGAAACAGGAUUUUGAUUGCCUUGACAGAUGAAUAGGUUUUCUCAUCUCCGUUCUGCUAGCAGCAGGAAGUUAUGCUGGACCUUUUUUUUCCUCUCAAAAUAAGAGUCCCCCUGCAUAGACACUAAACAUUAGGAAAAUCGAUUUUCGAAGCACUCUAGUGCAGUGAAACGUGUUGCACAGCGUUGCAACAAUCUUGGAAAAAUAGAUAUAUCAGCAUUAUUUUGAAAGUUUACACAAAUACUGGUAUAUUCAACUCUAUUUAAAUAGAGGGGUAUGAAGUGCUCCUGGAUGUGUAUGAGAGUCCCCCUCAAAACCUGAACAUAUUCGGUUCGUAGAGACCCCACUGAGUAUUUACCAUCAAGCUUUGUUGUUGUUGCUAUAGUCCAAUGUGUAAUACGCCGUAUUCAAUGGCGACUCGUCAUUCUGCCCCACCUGUUUUGAAACCCACAUUUUUUGCAAAAAAACAAAUGUUUGGGGGGCUUGCAUGUUAUUUGGACAUUAAUGUGUCACAUCAGUUUGCAAACAAUGUAAAAACAUUUUGUUGAUAUAUAAUUGAGUUAAUAAAGCCGCACACAACCGUG